AGAUCUGUGAAUUAUCGGCAAACUCCUUUUUUUCCCCCUCUGACGCUUCUCAUCUUGCAACGCGGAUCCCAUUUUCUCCUCCACCGACUUCCCCUCCGACCGAUCUCUCUGACUCCUUCACCGUCAUCGGAGGGUUCUGAGGCUAAAUUUUCAUGGAGGGUGUUGGAGGUGGUGAUAGUGCAUCCGCAGCGACUUUAGAUCAAUGGAGGCAGUUUUCGAGGCUUUUUCAGUUUUACUUGGAUAAAACUACUCCACAUGCUGUCUAUAGAUGGAUUGCCACAGGAGCUUUAGUGUUUCUGUAUGUACUGAGAGUUUAUUACGUGCAAGGGUUCUACAUUGUUAGUUAUGGUCUGGGAAUCUAUAUACUGAACUUGUUGAUUGGGUUUCUAUCACCACUGGUUGACCCCGAGCUGGAACCUUCAGAUGGCCCCCUGCUACCUACAAAAGGAUCCGAUGAAUUCAAGCCGUUUAUCAGAAGGCUGCCUGAGUUCAAGUUCUGGUAUGCGAUCACAAAGGCUUUCAUCAUAUCGUUCUUGAUGACCUUCUUCUCGAUGUUUGAUGUGCCUGUCUUUUGGCCAAUACUACUUUGUUACUGGUUUGUGUUAUUUGGUCUCACCAUGAAGCGUCAAAUCAUGCACAUGAUCAAAUACAGAUACGUUCCAUUCAAUAUCGGAAAGCAGAAAUACGGUGGUGGUAAGAAAUCUUCUGCAGGUAGCAGCAGCAGCAGCAGCGGGUCGCGAGCAGACUGAAAGUUGAGCUAGCAAGCGAGCCGGUGGAGAAGAGGAAAUGUAAACAAAAAAAUUGAAAGCAUUUGAAAAAGGAUGGUAUGGUAAUAGAGGGGGGGUGUAGAUUAUAAAAUGAUAUAUGAUAUGAUAGAGACAGAGACAGAGAUUGUAUUCAUGUACACAAACAUGAGAGUGAGAAAACGAUGAUCGUGUAUUACUUGCACCUCAUUUACGCAUUUAUUCUGCUCU